AAAUUUCUUGAUAAAUAACAAUUUGUAAAUAAAUAUCCUAUAAGAUCAAUAAAGGUUCAUUUGAUACAAUUGUUUAAAUGGCUUAUUUUCAUUACAGAUGUGGCGAAAGAAUAACUUUAUCUAAUGAAAAUUGUACAGCUGAAAGAAAUGACAGUGAUUUCGAUCAUGGAUUAGUUAUAACAGCAGAACCUUUGCAAAAUGAUGUUUUAUUUGAAAUAAAAAUUGAUAGAAAGGUGAAUUCAUGGUCAGGUGGUCUAGAAAUAGGUGUUGUUGAGUGUGAUAUAUCAAACUUCGAAUUUCCUUCAUGUGCUUCAAAAAUUUCUAGGGGAUCAUGGAUAAUGUCAUCAACAUCUGUAUUCCAUAAUGGAGAAUGUCUAUUGGAGGGUUAUGGAACUGAUUUAGUAAAGUUGAAUCAAGAUGACAGAGUUGGUUUAAUGAGAACUUCAGAAGGUGACUUAAUUUUUUAUAUAAAUGGAGAAUCUCAAGGAGUAGCAGUUGAGGGAAUUCCAAGAAAUGUUUAUGGUAUGGUAGAUCUUUAUGGAAAAUGUGUUCAAGUGACAAUUACAAGCCCUCUUCUUCGAGAACAUAAUAAUGACGAUUGCCUGAGUGGUAGCUCCAUGUUGGCUAUAGACAAUGACAUUUUAAAUGUUACUCUAGGUGGGGAUUUAAGUGAACUCAGUUUAAGUAGUAGUAAUAGCUUGGAUAUUAGAAUGGAUAUGACUGUGAGUUUGAGUUUACCAGAUGAAAAUCCUAGGCUGGAUAGGCUACGUUUUCAUGAUAAGUGCGGAUCACUUGUCAAGCUUUCCAAUGGGAAUAGAACUGCAGAAAGAAGACGACCACUGGAUGAAUUCAAUAAUGCUGUAGUAAUGACACACAGAGCUUUAAGGGAUUCGGAGCUCUUUGAGAUUCGAAUAGAUCGAUUGGUAGAUAAAUGGAGUGGCAGUAUUGAGAUGGGCAUCACCACACACAAUCCAUCGACAUUGGUCUUUCCUGCAACUAUGACAAAUCUGAGAAGUGGUACCAUCAUGAUGUCGGGCUGUGGAAUAUUAACGAAUGGAAAGGGUACUAGAAGGGAAUAUGGAGAUUACAAUUUAGACGAAUUGAGUGAGGGAGACAGAGUUGGGAUGAUGCGAAAACCAAACGGCGACUUGCAUUAUUUCAUAAAUGGCUUGGAUCAGGGGAUAGCCGCUCAAAGAGUUCCUUCAGUAGUCUGGGGAGUAAUCGAUUUGUAUGGUAUGACUAUUAAGGUAUCUAUAGUGGAGAGGGACGAACGAGAGGAACAAAACCUCAUGACACGUAAGAAUACCAGAGAUCAACAGAUUCUCCUUCCAGAACCUCCCGCUCUACCUGACUACUAUGAUCAUCUUACCUUUCACCCCAAUUGUGGGGCUCACGCCCAAGUAAUAAACAAUGGAAGGACAGCCCACCGACCUAAUGCAGUAGAUGAUUUCAACAACGGUGUUGUUUUGACAGCGCGACAGUUGAAGGUCGGUGAGCUGUUUGAGGUUAGAUUGGACAGAAUGAACACAAAGUGGGCAGGUAGCAUCGAGAUUGGGGUAACUACACACAGUCCUUUAGACCUUGAAUUCCCUUUCACUAUGACAAAUGUAAGGUCAGGAACUUGGAUGAUGACUGGUAGUGGGAUAAUGCACAACGGAACUAUAGUGUUAGAACAGUAUGGUGUAAAUUUAGAUCAGUUACAGGUUGGUGAUAGGGUAGGUGUAGCUAGGAAAGAAAAUGGUUGUUUGCACUUUUUCGUUAAUGGAAAUGAUCAAGGUGUAGCCGCAGCAAACGUUCCUGAUAAAAUAUUUGGAGUGAUAGAUUUAUACGGACAAGCAGUGGAAGCGUCUAUUGUAGAUAUAAAUGAUUAUGGUUCUCCUGACACAUUGAAUUCGAAUAUUUCAAAUACAUCGUUGUAUAGUGAUCUACGAUUUCAUCAUGUGCAUGGAAAAAAUGCACGAAUCACAAAUAACGGAUUGACAGCUCUGCGUCCAAGGCAUUUAGCGGAAUUCAAUGACGCCAUUGUGUUUUCCAAUAGACCACUAAGAGAUGAGGAAUUGUUUGAAAUAUGUAUCGACAAUAUUGUUGAUAGAUGGUCGGGUAGUAUAGAAUUGGGUGUAACUGCUUGUAGGCCUGAUGAUCUAGAACUACCCAGUACGGCUACCGAUUUGAGUAGAGACACCUGGCUGCUCAGUGGUUCAUCAGUUAUGGAGAAUGGAAAAACAGUAAAGAACAAUUAUCCCUGCGAUUUGGACGCUAUCGGUUCUGGGAUAACUUUGGGUGUUAUGCGAACGUACGAUAAAAAAUUGAUCUUUUAUCGAAACGGUGUGCCACAAGGUGAGGCUUGCAUAGUCACACCGGCCACAUUGUAUGCUGUUGUCGAUCUAUACGGGCAGUGUGCUCAAGUGAGCAUACCUUGCGCAUCACCGAUAGCACCCACAGCUUCAGCACAUCAAGAAAUAUGUCCAAGAUCGGAUACUUCUACUUCUCUCCAGGCUAUAAAUUAUCUUCAACAACCCGUAGAAACUGAUCUUCAUCAUUUCUCCGAUUGCCACAGCAAGAAUGUGGCCCUCGGAGAUAACAACAGGUUGGCGACUAGGACCAAAGAUUGUUGUAACUGUAUAGUAUUCAGUGCGACACCCUUGGUACAAGAUGAACUGUAUGAAGUAUCAAUAGUGAACCUUUUGCCACACUUUGCCGGAACAUUAUGUGUCGGAGUUACUUCUGUACCACCUGCCGCUAUAACCAACUUUCCCAAGGAUUGUUGUUACAUAACAGGCAAUGAAUUGCGAUACAAGAAUAAACUCAUCCAACUAUUCUCUCCAAGUUUAAACUGGUUGAACAUUGGUGAUCAUAUCGGUCUCUUAAAAACCCAAGACAACAUAAGGAUAUUUCUGAACGGCGAAGAGAUUUAUCUUCAGAUGCCUCAACUCACAGACCCCUUAUACGUUAUAUUCAAUUUACGUGGCUCUUGUUCAGCUUUAGGUGUUAUCAGUCAUAAAAUACCUGCAGCACUAAACAGUUCGAAACCUCAGAAUGGUAUAGAGUUGAAGCUCGAUCAAAUACCGACUGUCAGUGAUGCCGAAGAGAUUAACGAAGACCCGGUAGAUUUGAAAACUGAUGUUUCUUAUGAAUUCCACGACAAUCAUGGAAGGAAUAUAGAAAUUUCGAAUGGGAAGACCACAGCAAAGAGGGUAGCUUCUUACAAUCAAGGGAUGGUGAUUGUUCAACCUUCACUAGAGUAUAACUCUAUUGUGAAAAUCGUGAUUGAACAGAUCGAUACCAAAUGGCAGUCUUCGUUGAUUGUAGGAUUAGCCAGUGGUCCUCCUGAAAAAAUCAAUUUGCUUUCAAAUGCAUUGUGUUUGAAGACACCUUGCUGUAUAGUGUCCAACGAUUGGAUAUUCAUAAAUGGAACAAAAACCAGAUCAAAUUAUGGUCAAUGUUUAAGCAAUCUAGAAGUGGGCGACGUUGUAUCAGUAGGGUUGACCGAGAUAGGUCAUUUUAGGUUGUCAGUGAACGAUGUGGAAGAAGAACCUCUGCCAUGCAUUUUCCCCAAAGGUCUACCAAUACACGCAGUUCUUGAUUUAUAUGGGCAGUGCAAUCAAAUCAAAAUGUUUAGUGAUGAAAUUCAACCUAAUGUAUUACCAAAGGUAGUCAAUGAUUGCGAGAAAGCAGAUUUAGAAAACUGCGAGAAAGAAAGAACUGAUAAUAAUAAUAUGACUUUACCUAUUGCUUCCGCUAGUGUGAAUAAUAUUGUACCUACAAUACAACCUUCCAGUCCAUUGAAAAACAUCAGGUGUAGUUAUAAAGAGGCUUGUGAGAAAUUCAGAAAGAGAAUACUUCUGCCAGAUAAUUUCUUCAUGAUGGACGAAGCUUUGUGUUACUGUCAGAAUUGUUAUAAGUUGCGUGUAUCAAAUGGGGAAAAAGACGACACUCUCAUUGGUUGGGUGAAAUUUCCUUUAUGUAGUCUUACCAAUACACCUGCAGAUAAAUGGCAUACCGCCUACUAUCCCACCAAAUUGGGAAAUAUCAGAACAAUAUUAGAAAAAGGCCAACCACUAACGAAAGGACAAGCUCAGUGGGGCAGUCUUGUUUGCCAGAGAGAAGACGAUGUGCAAGUUGUAUUUUACCCUUCAAUGCAAAACUUCAACAUUCCAGGACAUACUAUUGACGGAAAGUUAGCUUAUUCAGCAUUCCAGCUUGUAGUGAAACCAGGAGCUUAUUCCAUUAAUCGUGAACCAUUUGAAUGGAAUACGAAAGAAACGGGUGCAAUAAAACUGCAAGGUUUGCUAAUCAAACUAAGCGCGUGAAAAAAAAUGCGGAAAUUCAGUGGGUAUUAAAAAUUCCUGUUGGUUCGACUACGAAUGUUCCUGAUUUCAAAUUCGGCAAUGAAUUAAAAAUUUAUCUUGCACAUAUAUAAGAGAAUUUGUAGUAUGUGUAUUUCUAUUCUGCACAAAAGUCCUAUUGAUUUCAGGUAAAUUUUUGUGUUAUGCAGCUUGCCAAGGUACAGAAAAACUCGAAAUGAAUUGUAUUACUUUUUAUAGAAUGAAUUCUUAUACUCUCGCCAUAAAGGAAAAUAUAAAUAAGUAUUAAUUAUUUUGUUUUCUCAAAUUUGUACUGUGAUAAUAAAUGUUAACUAAAUAUAGAGAAAA